AUGUCCAAGGAUAUGGUUAAACCACCGUACAGUUACAUCGCUCUCAUUGCAAUGGCAAUACAAAGCAGUCCUGAGAAGAAAGUAACAUUAAAUGGUAUUUAUGCAUUUAUUAUGGACCGAUUCCCAUUCUAUAGAGAAAAUAAACAAGGUUGGCAGAACUCUAUUCGUCAUAAUUUGUCUCUGAAUGAAUGUUUUACUAAAAUUGCUCGAGAUGACAAGAAACCAGGAAAGGGAAGUUACUGGACUCUGGAUCCCGAUAGUUAUAAUAUGUUCGAUAAUGGUAGUUACUUACGAAGAAGGCGUCGUUUUAAAAAGAAG